AAUCAUAAAUGACGCAGUCAUGCCGGGAAAAUUGCAGCAACUCGGCUCAAAUAAAAGUGUAAAGAGUGGUGGAAAUAAACAAAUUUGAUUUUAUUUAUAUAAAAUACGAUUCAGAUCAAAUUGAUUUAUCCAGAGAUUACAGUUUGGAUACUGACACAUUGAUAACCAUAAUUUGAUUGAUUUAAAAUAGCUUAAUUAAACAUAAAUGGCAGAUAAUCCAAGUAGUGACGGGCUUUCAGAAGCUGAAAGACUACGAGAAGAGGAAUUAGCACAAGAGCUGGAGCAUAGUGACUCAAAUGAAGAUGAUUCACAAGAAAUAUCUCUUGAAAUUGAAGAGAAAUUGUUGAAAGAUGAACCUGAAUAUACAACUCUUGUAAAUUAUGGGGAAAGCAUACAAAAUGCCAAUAUUGAGAAUGAGAUUGUGGAGACAUACUCAGAUAGCUCCCAAAAUGUUGAAACUGUGCAUCGGGCCGAUGAGCUUGGUAACAUCUACUCAGAGAAUUCAGAUAAUUUCAUAAGUACCCAGCCUGAUAUCACUGACCAGUACGAAACUUACAUCAAUGACUACUCAUUUGAUAAUAAUCAUAUCAUUGACACACCACAAAACACCAAUAAUGAGAAUUAUAAUGCCAAUGAAAUGAAGGAUAACAUUGUGAUGCCUGAUAUGAAUGAAUUUCAACAAAGUGAAACCACAACUAAUUAUGAAUCUCAAAUGACAGAAGAAAUGUUGAUUAGUGAAAGAGAGAGGGAGAAGAAGAGCAAAAAGGAACUUGAAGAGGAGGAACGGGAGAAGAUGCAAGUGCUUGUGUCAAACUUCACAGAAGAGCAGUUGGAUAGGUAUGAGAUGUACAGGCGCGCCGCUUUCCCCAAAGCUGCAGUAAAGCGUUUGAUGCAAACUAUCACUGGAUGCUCAGUCGGUCAGAAUGUUGUUAUAGCCAUGUCUGGUAUUGCUAAGGUAUUCGUGGGCGAAGUUGUUGAAGAAGCACUUGAGGUUCUAGAGAAAUCAGGAGAAGCUGGACCAUUACAACCUAAACAUCUCCGAGAGGCACUGAGGAGGCUUAGGAUGAGAGGAGCCAUACCGACAAGAAAAGCACACCGAAGCUUUUUUAGACUAUAGCAGACAUUGUGUCAUCUUGUGUGUACAUACUAACUCAUAAGUGUAAGUUUCACUUCAAUCAAAACUUAAUUGGUUUUACUAACAAAGAUACGCAAUUUUAAUUGAACCUGAACCUUUAAAAAUUGUGUGAAAUGUCAUUGAUAUACUUACCUAUCCCAAAUCAAAUUUUAUAAGUACAAUAAAUAAGUUUUGAUUAUGUUUAGUAGUAUAAAGAAAGAUUUGUAUAUUAAAGUUUUUAUGUAAAACAUUAGUGGAAAAACUAUUAGAAUCUAAAUGAAUUACAAAACUGUGCUGUCACAAGUGUGAAAAAUCAUAGUACCCAUGUUUUUGGUUUAGUUGACAGCUAACCAUUUUGUUAUUAAAACUGGCAGUUUGUUGUAUUAUAUUUUGUAAUAAAUAAUAAAAAUACCAAAUGUUUAAUAAAA